CCCAGGAUGCUCUCUGGCUUCCCGAGUUACCCUGUGGAGGAAUGGCGGUGCCCUGUGAAUGUCAGCGUGCAAGGCUAUUCGGGUUGUAAGUGGAGUAGAGGGGACAGAAGGGAAAGCGGGUAUCAGCUUCCGUGGGGAGAUGCUUCGUCUUCACCUGCGCCUCCCAGCACUCCGCGUAGCGUAGACGUGGCGCGCGUGCGGCUGGCUGGGUGGUGGACGCUGGUGGACAGUUCCUCCAGCAACAUGACUUGUCACCUCCUUCGAGCCUUGCGCUAUGCGGAGACGCUGCACGGGGGCUCAGGAAAGAGGCUGUCGUGGCAACACCUGGUGCUUCGCAGCGCCUGCGUGGGCACUGGGCCCGGGGUGAGAUGGGGGUUGCAAGAGCCACGGAAAAGGCCACGAUCGAAGCCUGUCCUCGGGGUGGCCUCGAGAGCCGCGUGCACCCAGGGGCCGAGCCCCCAGCGCGCCGAGGAGGAGCGCAGCAAGCAGGUGUCCGUGCGCGGAGGCCAGCCAGGGGACGCCGCCGUGUCCACCUCACAGAAAGUGAAGGAAGCCGGAAGAGAUCUGUCCUACUUCGUGGUGGUGCUCGUGGGAAUCAGCGUCACAGGUGGCUUGUUUUACACGAUUUUCAAAGAACUUUUUUCUGCAUCCAGUCCUAGUAAGAUAUAUGGGAAAGCCUUGGAAAAGUGCAGAUCACAUCCUGAGGUGACCAGUGUCUUUGGCGAGCCUGUCCGAGGCUACGGUGAGACAACACGGCGGGGCCGGAGGCAGCAUGUCAGUUUUAUUGAAUAUGUAAAAGAUGGGCUGAAGUAUAUGCGGGUGAAAUUCUACAUCGAGGGCUCCGAGCCAGGGAAGCAAGGAACCGUGCACGCGGAAGUGAAAGAGAACCCAAAGACCGGGGAUUACGAUUUUCGAUAUAUAUUUGUAGAAAUCGGAUCCUACCCUGGAAGAACUGUUGUGGUUGAAGAUAACCGGGCUCAAGACAAUUAGAGGUGAUGCUGCUAGCGUGCCGUGCCCUGCCGGGCGGCGGGUGGUAUGGACCGCUAGCUCAUACAGUUGGCAAUCAUGACAGUAUUUCUGCUGCACCUAACAUUUUUCAUGAGAAUGUUUUAUUACUAAAAAUUUUACAUCAUGCUAAUAAAGACAAAAUUAAA